AUGCUGCCGGACCUUUCCUCGCCCCCCUCAAGAUACAUUAAACUCUUGCUCCUGGCCUUAGCCAUCCUUGUGGUCCUGCCUCAGGCUUCCCCAGAUGGAUGGAUCCACAUGUGCAAUUACAAUACUGGCCAAUGCAGAACAGCUUGCAAAGAAAAUGAGAAGGAGAAAGAAAAAUGUACAGGAAAAAAAAUUUGCUGCAUCCCUCUAAUAAAGCCGAAAUCUCAAGCGUUCUCAAGACACAAGAGUUGACACGUAAGACUGUGGCAAGUACAACUAUCUCUUUAAGACGCGUGAGAAAAGAAUGUCAACAGACUUUAUAAUGAGCAAGUGAAAUGACUGUCUAGGGCACCUGCAUGCUCCUUAGAUUUUAGAUACCUGCUGAGUAUUCCCCUAGUUCAUUAAAGAAAAAUAUGCUCAUUCUAA